GGAGAAUCCAGCCACUAAACACCACUGCAGUCCUGCACCGUUACUCUUCACCAAUACUCUAACAAAAAACACAAGGCUGAAAAUUGCAUAAUACCAAAGGAAGAUCUUAUUCUUUGCUGGAACUUGGAGACUGUCCUUCUUGAUUGUGCCACUGGAAGCUUCUCUUAGUACCUUUGCUUGGCACAGGGGAUGAGGAUGUGCUGCCCGCAUAGGGUGAGAAAGAUCCUGACGUGAUGGGGUGCAGGACGAGCAAAGUCGUCCCUGAAACACCGACAAAUGUCCAGCUUGACCUUGUGAAGAAAGUUGAGGUGCAGCAAACCAAUGUCGAUAAGAACUUUUGUGCAAAUGGAAGUGCUGAGAAAACUGGAUCUCCUUCCUCUCGUAGUCAGAGCCAGGCUAGGGGCACUGCCACAAUUUCCCCUACAGCGGGAAAAGGUCAGUCAGUGCCUCCUGACUCACGGCGAAACAAAGUGGCCAAGUGCCGGGUCAAGUUUGACCCUCGGGUGACAGCUAAGUAUGAGAUCAAGGCACUAAUUGGGCGUGGCAGCUUUAGCCGUGUGGUGCGUGUGGAGCACAAAGGUACACGGCAGCCAUUUGCCAUAAAGAUGAUCGAAACUCGUUGCCGCGAGGGCCGUGAGGUGUGCGAGUCAGAGCUGCGAGUGUUGCGGCGUGUGCGCCACACUAACAUCAUCCAGCUGAUGGAGGUCUUUGAGACGGCUGAGCGUGUGUACAUGGUAAUGGAGUUGGCCACAGGUGGUGAGCUCUUUGACCGUAUUAUUGCACGUGGCUCCUUUACAGAGCGAGAUGCCACACGUGUUCUCCGAAUGGUGCUUGAUGGCGUACGCUACCUGCACAUGCUUGGCAUCACCCACCGGGAUCUCAAGCCUGAGAACUUGCUCUACUACCAUCCGGGUGCAGACUCCAAGAUUAUGAUUACUGACUUUGGCCUGGCAAGCACACGCAAAAAGGGUGACGAGUGCAUGAUGAAAACUACAUGUGGCACACCUGAGUACAUAGCACCUGAAAUCCUGGUGCGAAAACCCUACACUAAUGCUGUGGACAUGUGGGCACUGGGUGUCAUUUCCUAUAUUCUUUUAAGUGGCACCAUGCCAUUUGAGGAUGACAACCGGAUGCGCCUUUACCGUCAGAUCCUCAAGGGCAAAUACAGCUUUUCAGGAGAGCCAUGGCCAAGUGUGUCCAACUUGGCAAAGGACUUUAUUGACCGAGUGCUGACAGUGGACCCGAGUGAAAGACUGACGGCAGGCCAGGCACUUAAGCACCCCUGGAUUGUUAGUAUGGCUGCUUCAUCCCCCUUGAAGAACCUACAGCGCUGCAUCUCUCAGAACCUACUAAAGAGGGCAUCGUCACGCUGCCACAGCACCAAGUCAGCACAGUCCGUACGCUCCAAUCGCUCAAGCAAGUCAGGACGAGCACGUCGUGCCAGAGAGAAGGAGCUGAGGGAACUCAACCGCCGCUACCAGCAACAGUACACUGGCUGAAAAUCAGGCAUUACACUACACACUCUGUUACUAAAAAGAUUUACUAGGCGUGUGCCGACAAUUAGUUUUAGAAUAUUACAUAUUGUAAUAUUCAUCUUGCACAAAAUUGUGAUUGGAGACAGUUGAUCAUCAGACCUGAUAUUUGUUCAGAGGGGAACAUAUAAAAAGCUGUCAUUUAAUGCUGCAUUGGUUAGAAUUUUGGGUCUAGCAGUUUUACUUCAUAAAUCCACCUUCAAAGGCUAAUAUGCCCAAUACAUUAAAAGAAAUCCU